AUGGAACUGCCACCGUCGGGGCCACAGCGGCGGCCUGGUAGCUUCCAGAACAUCCUGCGUCGAGGAGGAUCUGCUUCGCAUAACAAAGCCGACACGGACGAUGAUGACAUCCAAUACGAGCUGCGGGCGCCAGUGCGUCGCCCAUCCCUCUCCCACGGCAUCUCGGCCGCCAGAAGCAUCCCACGCUUCUCCAGCCCACAUCACCACCAACGCCACAGCCACAGACAGGGCGGAAGCGACAGUGACGCCAAUGACAACGGCGAUGGUGACGAUGACGACUACGAAGACGAGGAUGAGGACGAUGUUGGCGUUGGCGUUGGCGCUGGUGAGGGCAGGGCCCACCGCAACCAGCUGGCAGACGCCGACGAUGAGGAUGAGGGCGACGAGGACGAAGAGGACGCUGACAUGGCGAGCGACGAAGAUGACAUGACCAGCAGCGCUGAAAAGGCCAUGCGCCGGCUUCACGGCCACGUCGGCACCACAGUCAUGGAGUCGACCACUACACCAAGCAUCCGCAUCCUCAGCGACAGCCGCACACAAACCUUGCAGCGAGGCACGUCCCCGUUUCAUCUGCACCCCGACGCACCGCUGGAACAGCAGGCCCAGCACUUCCAGCAGCAGCAGCAGCAGCAGAACCAACAAGAGCAGCAGCACUUUGCAGCGCCCGAACACAGCGACGGACGACAACUUACCCCACCAAACCAACCCAACCUGCUAGCACCGCCCAGCGUCUUCGACGAUGGCCUGGACGGCGAAUCCGAAACGGACCCAGCCGACGCCCUCCCUGUCCCAAGUGAAAGCGUGGCCGCUGAUGACGGCACCGUCAUCCCCGGCAGCGUACAGCCCGCACCCUCACCACCCCAUACACCCCAGCUCCAGCGCCAGGCGCGACGCACCCAGCACCUGGGCAGCUCAACCUCCUCCACACGGCCCCUCCUGCUGCACACCGCAUCAUCGCCCUCGUCCUCGUCGCUCCAGGCAUCCCCGAUGGCCCACUUUCGGUCCAACAGCGACAGCAUCAACAACGACGACGACAACGGAAGCAACAGCAGCACGCCUCGUGUUAGCACCCCGAGUCGCGUGCGCACAGCGAGUGGGCGGCGGCCUGCACGCGCACGCACGCGCGGCCUGUCGUUCCGCAAUUCCAGGUUCGGGCGGUUUCUCUUCCGCAGCAGCACCAUCGACAGUGACUCCAUGCCCAUGACAGACCCGCGCCUCCCGCACCCACACCUGCACCCACACCACCUGCAGACGCUGUCCAAGUCCGGCCCAACGCACCUCAGCACCGCGUCCAUCCAGACAAUCGACCUGGACCCCGCAGCAUCGCGCCUGCCGCCGCAACAGCAGGAGCACCUUGUCGUGAUAGACCAUGAGGACGGCUCACAAACCCGCCACCGCCACGCCGUUCCCGGCGCCGCUGCUGCAGCGGGCCACCGUGGCCGACGCAAGACCCGCACCCUUAGCAGGCUUUCGUCCGUGUUUGGCGGGUGGAGGUGGGGCUCGCGCUCGGCGCAGCCGCCAGGCAUGCCUCCCGGUGACAGCGGCGGCAGUAACGCGGGCGGCGGAAAGGGUGGCGAUGGUGAUGGUGGUGGUGGUGGUGGCAAGACGGAGAGCGAGCUGACAAAGGCAGAGAUUGACCGCUUCUUCGCUGCACACUAUCGCAUCAUCGAUGCCGCACACGGGCGCGACAAGCACGGCAUCCUGUUUGCAAAGGCCAGGGGCCGCAUCCCUGAGCUCUUCUUCAACGUCCGAAACUCCAGGGCCUACGGCUACCUGUUUGUGUUCAUGGUGCUGCUGCACAUCAUCAGCGCGUACUUCGAGGACUUUCGUCGCACGGGCUAUUGGGUGCCACCCGCGAUUGCCGUGCUCUUCUACAUUGCCGACAGCGCGAUGAAGAUGGCGUACAUGACGCCGCGCGAUUACGUCACCAAGCGCUGGAACCAGAUCCACGUCAUCUGCACCCUCCUCUUCUGCAUCGACUUUGGGCUCAUGCUGGCGGGGCACGUGCAGCCGUUUCGGUUGCUCCGGCCCUGGAUCUACCUCAGCAAGGACAAGGAGUUGCGUCGCUUCUUCCAGGCGCUGGUGGCCAUCCGCACCACGCUCGCCCUCCUCUUCCUCUACUUCUUCCUCUACGUCUUCUUCUUUGCCGCCAUUGGUGUGCAUCUGUUUGACGAGGCAUACAAGACCACGUGCGCGCAGGCAAACAUCGACGUCUCCGGCGCCUUUGACAACGUCCUCAUCGCCUUUGUGCACAUGCUAACGCUCAGCACGACAGAGAACUACCCCAACAUCAUGCUGCCCGUGUUUUACGAGCGGUGGUCCGGGUUCAUCUUCUUCGGACUCUUUGUCCUCCUCGCCCUCUUCUACGUGCUGCCCAUGGCGCUUGCGCUGGUCAACGACUCGUUCUGGCGCGCACAGGGCCUGCAGUGGAAGAAGGACCGCAAGAAGGAGCGCAAGACCCUCAUCAAGGCUUUUAACAUGCUUGACGUGCAUAGCGUGGGCUGGCUCUCCCUCGACCAGUGGUGCACGUUCCAGGGCAUUGUGCGGCCCAAGCUGCCCCGCUCGGCGCACCAGCUCACCUACAAGCUGGCCUGCGCCGGCAAGCCCGUGCUGGACUGGGAAAACUUCCUGGAGAUCACCAACGUGCUCAAGGCCAAGCUCAAGGCGCGCCGCAGCGAGUUGCGGCCCAUCUCCGACAAGUGGAAGCCGCUGCAGCAGCGCGUGUAUGCGCUCGUGCGCUCGGACACAUGGAACGCGUUCAUCUGCUCGCUGGCCGUUGUGCACUGGAUCACCUUCUGCCUCAAGUGGGAGGGGCGACCUGGGUGGGUGCCGGAGAUUGUCGGCUCUGUGCAGACCUUCAACGUCGUGUGCUUCAUUGUGGAGAUUGCGCUCAAGGUUUUUGCGCACGGCUGGAGGUUUGAACGUGACGCGGCCGUGUUCAAGAUCCCCGUACACUUUCUCGAGUACAUCUUUGUGCUGGGGAGCACGGUUGCUGUUGCGCUGUUCUGGGCUGGCCAGUGCGGCGAUGGCAUAUGCGCCAUCCUGGGCGGUGGCGGCCAAAUCCUCCGCCUGACCUAUCGCUUCAAGAGUAACCUGUCCUUCCUGCAGAUUGUGGAUGGCAUCCUGGAAAUUUCCUUCAAGGUCAUCUCCAUCAUCGCCUUUGUUGUGUUCUCCUACGCCGUGUUGAGCUACGAGAUUUACCGCGAUGUGCCCGCGUUUGAGCCGUACUACUGCGCGCGCAACUUUGACGAGAACCACUGCGUGCUUGAGCCCUCUGGCGAUAUUGUCGACCCGUCUGGCAACUCAACGACGGCCAUUGAGGGCAACUUCGACUCGCUCGCGUGCAGCUCAUUUGUCAUGUUUCAGCUCUUCACCACGUCGGACUGGCACACGCUCAUGUUCACUGUCGCUGAAUACCGCACGCCCUGGGACUCGCUCUUCUUCAUCUCCCUGUUCCUGCUGCUGCAAGUUGUGCUGAUGUCGCUGAUGGUCGGUACCUCCAUCGAGGCGUUCUUCCUCAUUCGCGAGAACAGAACAAAGGCCAACAAGAACAAGAACAAGCAGGGCAGCCAGGGCGCGGAUGGUGGUGGCGGCGGCGGCGGCACGAACGGAGUCACGCCACCACCACUUGCGCUCUAUCCAUCAUUGCGGCACCAUUUUUCAAAGGAACCCCAAGGGCAUUUCCAGGAUCAGGUGGCGCAACGACGACGAAAGCUCGAGCAACGCAAAAUGGAAAAGAAGAAGAAGCGCAAGGAAAAGCGGAGCGGCAAGCUGCCGUCACGCUGUGUUGCCAUUGUCAAUGAGAAGAUGCACAAGGCAGGCGACCUUCCUCUUGUCAAGGGUGACGUGAUUGACAUUCUGGAUCAGAAGGAUGGCCGAUACAAAGGAAAAUGUCGCGGGCGUGCUGGCUGGUUUGACGCCAAGUGUGCGCUUGUUGUUCUUGACGAAGACAUGAUGCACGCGCUGGAGCAAAACUCCGACGUCAAGUAUGAGUUCCAGCAGCAGAAGUCACACGUUGCGCAGACAACUGAUGACUUCCUCAUCAUGAACUCGGGCGUGUCAAGGCGAGACAUGGUGUCCGACAAAAUCACGAACAUGAACGCUGAUGAGUUGAUUGAGCUCAACAGUCUGGCAAAGGCCAACCUCUUUGCCCGCGGCUUCAACAAGAUGAAAACGCCCCUGCGCCGCAACAAGGUUGGCCCGAACAGCGCAAACCCGAACGACAGCAGCGGCGGCGGCGGUGUUGGUGGCGGGUCACUGCCUCCAUCACACAGGCGGCAUGAUUCAACGUCCAGCGCUGCCGCUGGUGACGGUAAUGAACACAACAACAACUUCAAGAAGAAGCGACGGUCCUCUCCAGCAAAGAUUCACUUUAGCCAGGAGCCUCCAAAGGCUGGGUCCAUAUCCAUCAACUCAAAGGCGAAGGAGCUUGCUGCCAGCUUCAGGCGCCGCUCCAUUCAGCACCAGCAGACCCUCCAGCCGUUUGUGGAGGUGGAGGAGGACGAAGCAGAUGCAGCUGCUGCCGCCAACCACGCCCCAGCCCCAGCCACAGCCACAACGACGACCACCGCCAACAACAACACCAACAACAACACCAACAACAACAGCAGCAGCACUAAGAGUGACGACACUCCAACGAUCAUGAGUGGAUCCUCCAUUUCCAGCACGACGUCCAGCGGCACCAAGAGGUCCUCUGGCCUGCAUGCUCUCCGCGACAUAACGCGCGAGCGGCACACACCAUCGCCGCGCGGCCGCCUCUCUCCGCCCAUUCGCUCGACCUCCACGCCUACAGACAGUGACUCAGAGACCGUCCAUGAGGAGCGCAAGGCUGCGUUAACGCGUGCUGCCAAGUUGGCAGUGCAGGCGAUGGAGGCCAUGCCGCAGAAGUCGGCAAUGAAGACAUCUGCGCCAUCGACCAUCACAGACCCAGACGAGCUCACAAACACGUCCCGGUCAAGCAGGAAGAAGGUGCUGUUUGCUGCCAGUGUCAAGCAGCAAGACGGAUCACGCAAGGAUUUGGAAAUUGCACAACAGAAAGAGAAAGCAAGACAAGAGGGCAAGCCACCAGACUGGAUCCAGUCGUUCCUUCAGAAGAAGAAAGUGAAGGUGGUUGAGGGAAGCCUUUCACCACGACCAGAAGAACAGCAGGGCGAGAGGAGCGACGCUGGCGACCGUGCUGCUGCUGCUGAUGAUGAUGAUGAGGACGACGAGGUUAUGCGCGCCGUUGCAAACAGGCGUGCGUCGUUGGCGGAGCGACCGGGGACACCGCACACGCGUUCCCCAACAAGCUCGCUCAGGGAGAAGCCAGGCCCAAGUAACAGUAACAACAAGCCAACAGCAAUCGCAACAACGGCUGGUGGUAUGCGGGCACGGUCCCCACCACCCAUGACAGACAAACCUCCACCGUACGACACGCUUGCCUCGCCAUCAUCCACCAUCACCUCCACCAUCACCUCCACGACUGGUGGAGCAGCAAUGCAGCAGAGGGGGCAGCAGACAGGGCUGUCAACAUCAGCCACGUCGCUCAUGUCAACGCUCUCCUCGUCAUCGACGGGCGAGAGCGACAGUGCACGUGCGCGGCGACAGAAGAAGUUGGAGGAACAGAAGCGAAAAAGGAAAGCGCGCAACGCCAAGCAGCGACAGCAAGGGCAGUCGCCGCAACCCUCGCUGGACGGCAGCAACAGCAGCAGCACGACUGCUGAUGCAAGCACGGCCAACCAAGGGGGCGGUGAGCACCGCAGCGGAAGUGGCAGUGGUGAUGGCAACAGCGCACAUGCAACUCCCUCUUCGCCAGCGGCGACAACAUCCCCGUCACCGCAAAUUCAGCUGAACACGCGCGAGCAAGCGAUGCAGCAGUUUCGAGCGGCGAUGGCUGAGAAGCAGCGGUUCGUGAAACAGGCAGAAGGGGCGAAGAGCGACACCAGGGACAGUGACAACGACGCUGACGGCGACCAAUCGUCGUCCUCGAACCACCUGGCUGUGCCCGAAUCGCAUGCUGGCACUCGCAGGAGCGGCAGCGAGGACGAUGAUGACGAUGAUGGCGAAGGAAGCACGGGCGGUUUUGACGUGAUGGCCCAGCUCAACUUGAUCAACUCCCAGCUGGGUUGAUGUGUGUGUAUUGUGUUGCGCGUGUAUAUGUGCGUGUAUGUAUGUGUGUGUGUGUGUGCGUGUGUGUGUGUGUGUGUGUGUGUGUGUGUGUGUGUGUGUGUGUGUGUGUGUGUGUGUGUUGCUGAGCUUGUUGUUGGAGGCUGCUUGGAUAGCAACCAGGUGGUGGUGUCUGAGACCACUCCAGUUGGUGAAUGUGUGCGUUGUGUUCGAGCGAUUUUGUACAUAUGUGUGUGUUUGUUUACCAAGGCAAGGUUUGUGUGCCAUCUGCCUUGGUCUUGUGCAUUGUUUGGUUCAGUUCAGACAGUUUGCGAUUGAGGGCUUGCUUGCAUGUGUAUGUGCAGCACCCCCUUGAUCCGUGUUGCUUUGUUUGGAGGGAGAUGGGGUGCAAGGGUGUAUCACCAGAUUGACUCUCAUGUCACAGAGUAAAUGACUGCUUUCCUC